UUUACCAAUUUGAGAGUAAGCCACAAAAACCAAAGUUUUGGUAUGAUGUUUGCAGGUCACCUGUGACCAAUGUCAUUGCAAGAUACAUGAUUUACGUUAAAGUCAUGGACAAUACUGGAGAGUCCAAAUUCCUAUUAUUUGACAGCAUUGCUUCUGAGGUUAUUGGAGAAUCUGCAGCUGCUAUUCUUGGUGGUUCAUUGGAUGAGAUCACAAAUCCUGAAGAUUUGUCUGACGCUAUCAAGAACGUCAUUGGGAAAACAUUUGUUUUCCUGGUUUGUGUGGAACGAGAAAACAUUUGGGAUGGAAAGGAUUCCUACAUGGUAACCAAAAUCCUUCCCAAAGACGGACUUUUAGCCGAGCAAAUCACUGAGGAAUCAAAUGAAAUUGUGAACCCAUCUUCAAUUAUCUCCGGUGAUCAGGCACACCUUGCUUUGACUUAUAGUCAGGAGACUUCUGAAUCAACUACUCCCUCCUCUAAACGUGUCUACACAUCCAAUUCUGAUACACCUGGACAAUCAUCCUCUUCAAAGAAGGUGUGUGCUGAAUCCAAUGUAGUAGGAGGCCCAAUCAAGAAGUUUGAUUUAAAGGUGUCAACACUUGAGUUUGGAGAGAAGGAAAUGGAAGAGGGUAUUGAGGCUUCUAAGACUAUGGAGACCCCUAUGUGCAAGAUGAAAGAUACUAAUGUUGGAAAGGUGGUUGACAUCAAGGGGGUUCAAAUCAAGGGGGUUCAAAUCAAGGUUGAAAAGAAGUAAGACCAACAAGUUGUC